AUGGCCAAACUAAUGAUUCUGAAGUUUGCUCGUCCUGCUCUUAGAAAUGUCGUAACCGAGUCCAGAUCCAGCAGAGGCCCAACUGAUUUGGAUUUUUGCUCAUUGUGGCCUAAGUCGUUGAUCAUACGAGUGACCACCAUUGCGGGUGGGAAAUCAAAUAUCCCUGGCUACAGGGAUGGCCCCAGUGAAGAUGCGAAGUUCUCUACAGAUUUUGACGUGGUGUAUGUGAAGAAAAUGUGCUCUCUUCUGGUUAUUGACCGUGGAAAUGCAGCCCUUAGGAAGAUUUCUCUUCCACAAGAAGACUGUACUUACCAGGAUUCUGCACUCCUAUCUUCAGAUCUCAUAUUGGUCAUUGGUGCUGUUGUGGCUGGAUAUAUCUUUUCUGGUUUCCAACAUGGGUUUGGAUUCUCAGGCUCCGAGAAGGUAGAGGCACCUGAAAAUGAGCAGCACGAGAGCAGCACAAUUGGGAAGCCACCUCUGGUUGUGGAGAGCCUGAAAGAGGAACCAGGAGCUGGAUGGCCAUCCCUCGGGACGCUUAUUGCUGAUCUCCUGAAACUUGCUAUUGAGGGAGUGGGGAAACUACUUCUCAGUGUCGUCCCUCAACGCAUGCAUGCAACCUGGGAAGAGGAAAACAGAUCUCACUCCGCUCAGGGACAGGCUGCAGCAAAGGCCCAGAAGAGCACCAAGUCAUCCAAGUUCAGGGAUUCGACCCUGUCAAGCAAGCACAGGUCCUCUAAGAGGCAGGAAUACGCAGACUUCUAUGGCACCUCUGAGCCCGCCCCCGUAGGUGCCAAGGUCCCAAAGGACAGGCUCCGCCACCGUCUUCACCACCGUGAGAAGAGCGGGGAGGUCGCCUACGGGGCCGCCGCCCAUCCUGAGCUGAAGCCCGCGGAAGCGAAGCCUGCUGAUUACAGUGAUCCGAAAUGCUGCCGAGAGUGGCUACAGUUAGAUGUAUCCAUCCAUGCCUGCCUGUGGGUUGCUUGA